UGGAUAGGUCAUUGCUUGAAAAUAACAGCUUUUGCGUCAUUCCAACUUAAACGCGGAAUGUUUAAGUUCCUAACAGUUAAUUAUAUCUCUAUUAUUAGUCUGAAUCCCCACCACCACUACCAACCACAACCAUCAGCGCCAAAAUGACGAAGAUCAAAUAGGCACAAAAUACCACGGUUCAUAACCUAUCCUUGUAUAGAGGUCGGUGCGCGUCGCCGACAUUUUGUUUUUUCGUCGCUGACGCCAUGCCACGCCACGCCAGUCGCUCGCUACCUGUAUGUUAAGAUCGUCGCCAAAAAUGUUUUCAAGAUGUCGGAGCAAUUACUAAACAUAGAUUUUGUUUGUGAGGUUCAGAAGUAUCCUUGUUUAUACAAUUAUACUCUAAAAGAAUAUUCGAAAAAAGAUAUAACCGAAAAGGCAUGGGAAGCAGUAGGAAAAGUUGUUAAUUUAACAGCAUUGCAAGCGAAAGAGAAAUGGAAAAAUCUACGUUCAGUGUUCGUAAGAAACCUAAAACCUCAGCCAAAGGGUUCAAAAAAGAAGAAAUACUACUUAACAGAUGCAAUGCAAUUUAUUAAACCGUAUAUAAAAAUAGCUGGAACACCAUCAAGUUUACCCGAUCCCGAAGAACAAGACGAUGAAUACAAUGAACCACAAGACCCGCUGUCCCCUGCAUCAACACCAUCGCGCAGUUCAUCACCAACAUCAGAGUUAACUAGGCGUAGUUCAUCUGACUUCUCAAAUCAAAAUUAUAGAAGAAAAAAGAAAAAAAUAAGUGAGACUGACGAAUUAUUAAAUGAGUUUAUGAAAUCAAAAAAGACUAAAAAGGACGAUGGUGAGAAGCCAACAAUUAAUAACGCGAACAAGAUGUUUUUGUUAAGUUUGCUGCCAGAUUUAAAUUGUAUGACACCAACACAAACAAGAAUAUUUAAACGGCAAGUCAUAGAUUUAAUGGAUAAUAUAUUAACCGAACCCCCUAACUCUUCUACUCAUACGAUAACAUUGAAAUCAGAACACAUACCAAGUACAUCGAAUGCCUCAUCCUCGCAAAUAACUCGAUUAGAAGAAUGGUGAAAAACACAGGAAGAUGUGAGAGCUUCGUAAAAAUAAUUUCGUUAGCAGUUUUUAUCUAAUUUCAGGUUCGAACACAUUUAAGAUAUUUUGGUUAGCUUUUUCCCGCGAUUUCAUUUACGCGGAAUUAAAAAAAAAACAGGAUGAAUAAUACAAAAUGUUAUUUGAGUAUAUGUUCUAUAACUAUGCCAAAUUUCAAAUAAGAUAUGUCGAAACGUUGCAGAGUUAUAUUCCACGAGAAUUGUAUAGAAUUCCAGGAUCAUAGGUAUGUUUUCAUAAGGUAUUCUUCCAGAUUGUUUUCUACAUCUAUAGCAAAUUUCAUCGAGAUCCAUGUAGCCAUUCUAGAGAAACUUAGGUACAAACAACCAUCCAUUUAAACAUUCGCUUUUAUUUUAGUAAGAUUUUU